GAUUCAGGAACAGCCUUUUUAUUUCUCGAUGUGGAGGCAAGUUGUGCUCUACUUCAGGACUCACAGCUACCAUGCAGACAACUGUCAGGCAAAGGAGAACCUCCAAAAUGAAGAUGAAGCAGAUAUUAAAGCUGCACAAUGGAUUUUCAAGCCCAUGGGAUCAGAGAGGACGGAGAUACGCAAACGGCAGAUGGCUACGACCCCGGAGACCCCAGGUGCUGCACAGGCUCAGCUCAGCACAGGAAAUCGAGGGUCCAAUGCCUGCUGCUUUUGUUGGUGCUGUUGCUGCAGCUGCUCAUGUCUUACUGUUAGAAAUCAAGAAGAAGAGAGAGCAAGGAGAACAUCUCAUGAACUCCAAGUAGAGGGUAUUCCAAACUGUGAAGAAAGCCCUGCUCCUACUCUCGAAGAAGUAAAUGCCUGGGCUCAAUCAUUUGACAAGUUGAUGCUUACUCCAGCUGGCAGAAAUGCUUUUCGUGAAUUUCUACGAACAGAAUUCAGCGAGGAAAACAUGCUUUUCUGGAUGGCCUGUGAGGAACUAAAACAAGAAUCCAACAAAAGUGUCAUUGAAGAAAAAGCAAGACUAAUUUAUGAAGAUUAUAUUUCUAUCCUUUCUCCAAAAGAGGUCAGUCUGGACUCCAGAGUAAGAGAAGUUAUUAACCGAAAUAUGCUGGAACCCUCACAGCACACCUUUGAUGAUGCACAGCUUCAAAUUUAUACCUUAAUGCACAGAGACUCUUACCCACGGUUUAUGAACUCUGCCAUUUAUAAGGACUUGCUUCAGUCCUUGUCUGAAAAAUCCAUUGAAGCAUAGAAUCUUUUCUUAAAUGCAUUUAUUUUAAAACAGACGGGACUCUGGGCUACAGAAAUCCACAGGGAAUUUAGAAUUAAUCAGAUAUUUACCUGAAAAUAACUCAGGCAAGUUUUACUACAGACUGAAUAAAUUAAAUCCGCACAAAGCUCUGACACAAUCAGCUAAGUACAGUUUCUGUAAAUUCAGUAUUACUUUGGAAAAGGAAAUGAAGAGAAUGAAGACGUUGUUCAAAAAAUGCAGUAUUUUUUCAAACACAGUAGACAAUUCGGACACAAAGCUAUUACAACUUAUGUCUGAGGUGCAAAUACCAACUGAGCAUGAAACUAAAACUGAUUUUUAAGUGGAGUGUUAGAAUUUUCUUGAAAACCAAACCAGUUUCCCCAUCCACACUGUGACCAAAGUAAAAAUAUUACUAUCAAUACUGUGUUACUCUAGGCAGUGCCAUCACACCUGGCAUAGGUACACUUCACUUGUUUUGGUAUAUUUAAUGCAUACAUGGUGAACGAAUAGAAUUGGAAUGGCAAUCUCAAGUUUAUGAAAGUUAGUCGUUGAAAUAAUGCUGCUUAUAAAAAAAAUCUUUUGUUGAAGAAUUGUUAUUUUAGUACUAGAAUCUACUGAAAGCAUUAAGUUCCCUUUGUUGAUGUUCAUAAAGUCAAAUUAUUUCUUUCAGAGGAAGACAAGUCUGGGCAUUCAAAUUCCAAAAUAAAGCACAAGAAUUCUCACAUCUCUUUCUCUUCCCUCAGUAGGUGUUUGUAAAACUUUUCACUAUUGGCUCCCAAGAGGACAGCAGUUUCAAACCAGCUUGGGUUUGUAAAUACAAAAUCCUCCCAUUCCCUGACAGAUCUUGUAAAGUUUCCAUUACAGAUAUACACACGAUUUACUUAAUAAAAGCAGGAAGAUGGAACUUGUGUUUUGAUACAGCACUAUUUCAGACUGUCCAACAGCACCAGCUCUCUCCAGUUAUAAACCAUGUUCAUUUUACAGUAUACCCAAAGCAUUACAGUUAAUUUCUGGUCAUAUCUCAAAAUCAGUAAUCACAGGAAAUACUAGGAAGAAAGUAAGUUGAAUCCACAUAAACUAUCCGUAGAUCUGUUACUCUGUAUUCUUUCUUUUAAACGACAAGAUUCACUACAAUUCCACUGUAUUAAACUCUGGAGUUUAUAGUGGAUUUCCACUGAAUUGGUUUUUUUUCCUGUGUAUUUAUUUAAAUGAGCCAAAUGACACAUACAGGUUGGAAAAAUAUAUAUGGGAAACAGAAAGA